CAGCAGGUCCUAAUGCCUGUCACUUCCCAGGACGCUGGCAGCAGCAGACAGGAGCCCCUGAGCCCUCCGCAGGUUUGCCUGUCCUUCCCCGCGAUCUGAUUGGAUAAAGUGGGGGCUCGACGGUGGCCGACGUGGGACAGUCUGGCUGUGGCAGGGGUCUUGGAAACCAUGGGUUAUUGCAGUGGCAGGUGCACGCUUAUCUUUAUCUGUGGCAUGCAACUGGUUUGUGUGCUGGAGAGGCAAAUAUUUGAUUUCCUUGGAUACCAGUGGGCACCUAUCCUGGCAAAUUUUAUCCAUAUUAUCAUCGUCAUUCUGGGUUUAUUUGGAACUAUUCAAUAUAGACCUCGCUACAUAACAGGAUAUGCUAUCUGGCUAGUCCUCUGGGUUACAUGGAAUGUGUUUGUUAUCUGCUUCUACUUGGAGGCUGGGGACCUCUCAAAGGAAACAGAUCUGAUUCUGACUUUUAAUAUCUCAAUGCACCGUUCUUGGUGGAUGGAGAAUGGCCCAGGAUGUACUGUGACAUCAGUGACACCAGCCCCCGACUGGGCCCCAGAGGACCAUCGCUAUAUCACGGUCUCAGGGUGUUUGCUCGAGUACCAGUACAUAGAAGUGGCACACAGUUCUCUCCAGAUCAUCCUUGCAUUGGCAGGGUUCAUCUACGCCUGUUAUGUUGUGAAAUGUAUUACUGAAGAAGAGGACAGCUUUGAUUUCAUAGGUGGAUUCGACUCUUAUGGCUACCAAGGCCCACAGAAGACAUCUCAUUUACAGCUACAGCCCAUGUACAUGUCCAAGUAAACAAUGUGACUUCAGUGUGUCAGCUCAAGGACCUUUCAAAGAACUUGUUUCACAAUGGCCUCCUGUGUUUUACAAAGAGUGAGAAGCAACUUAUCUGUGUUUAAAAAAAAAUUAAAAAUAAAAAACCAACAACCACCACCACCACCACCAAGCAUAAGCUGAGACACAAAAAUAAAUAGUUCCACUUGGCCUCUUCUUCCUAACAAACACAGACAGAUGCCCAGGAGACCCUAUCUUGGAUUUCCUGCAUGUACAGACAACUGCCAGGCCUUUGGAAGGUCCAAAAGGAGAAGUGUUGGCGCCCUCUGCUGCCCAUUCUUUACCUUUACCUUCUGCAUUCCAACUAAUGGGAGAGCCUGAGUUACGGCGUCAUCCAGUUCAGAAUCAUUGGACUGCCCUCCAUCCACCUGAUAGCACCAAGUCUCCUUAGUGUAGUUACAAAAUAAUAACGAUAACAGUAAUAAUAAUACUAAUAAAAUAAUACCACGAUGACCUUGUAACUGAAGUCUAUAUAGACGGCAGGUUGUUUGCCCUAAAGGCUGUACGGUACAUACUUGCCUUAACCCAUCAAAGUUGUACACCAGAGAAACUCAGUGCAGGCUCUCGGAAGUAACUUCCUUCAGGCUGCUGUUAAUUCUGGGGAAAACAAACCGAGGUUUAAGUCAGCGUGCUUCAUGUCAGGGAACAAGACUGCCUAGUUCAGCAGCUCCAGAGCUCCUGCAGGAUAAAUUGCCAGCUGUCAGUGAAGUGCUUUCUUGUCAAGCCUACACAGUGGCCAAAAAGUAAUAGUAACAGUAAUAAUCCGGAUGAUAAUCUUUAUAAUACUAAAUAAGGUCUUGGGGAGGGGGUCGAAGGGAGGGGGGGCGUUGGGAGACACAAAGCAAAGCUCAUUAAACUACUAACCUUCCUGGAAACAGCUUCGUUAACCCCACCAUUUUUAUUUAGGGCACUCUAGGUGCUUUUCUAAGUAACUUCCAAUAUGUCUUUUACUAACUCCAGAAACAUCUGCAGAUUUCUAUCAACAGAGGCCAACUGAAUAUGUAUUAGCUAUGUUUACUCUUUUAUAUCUAAUUCAAAUGGAAGAUCUGAUGUCAGUGAACAUUUUUUUUCUAACUUCCGCAUAUGAGAUUAUUUUUUGUGGGUGGGGGGUAGGGAGGGAAAAUAGUUACCUUGGUGAAAUAUUUGAGAUCUCUUUGUGGUAUUUGGGGGAUCUGUUGUGUGUUAGAGUGUGUAUUUUAAUCUUCCUGUAUUAUUGUGGCUGAAAAAAAAACUGUGCUGUUAUGUAGUUGGCAACAAGAAGCCUUUGGGAACUUAAUAGUAGGUCAAUGUGUUUAUGGAAUACUCUGAACUCCUAGGAAAUUUCGUUUUGUUUUUAAUCUGAGCUGUAUUUUCAAGCACUAUGUGGCUUUCAUUAGCGGUAAACAUAUUUGUUCAGGCUUUUCAGGAA